CCCUCCCUCUACAAUUCCUAACUUCGUGUCUUCCCCUAGUUCUUCUCUUCUUUUCUUCGUUGGAUCGGGAGAGAUCUGGGAGGAGCUCCUGGACUCCGGAACGGGGCAGAGUCCAAAGGAGGCGUGACUGUGAUCAGCCUAGGAUGAUCCACGCUAUCAUCGCUUCCCUCCACCCCAGGCAAGCUCUGCACCGCGUUCUCCGGAUGGCCAGCACUAGCAGUCGUGCCCAUGGGACCCUCGCCGACAAGGUGGCGCUGGUGACCGCCUCUACCGAGGGGAUCGGCUUUGCAAUUGCCCGUCGCCUAGGCCAGGAUGGAGCCCACGUGGUUCUGAGCAGCCGGAAGCAAGCCAACGUGGACCGGGCCGUGGCUGAACUGCAGAAAGAGAACCUGAGUGUGUCGGGAUUGGUGUGUCAUGUAGGGAAGGCAGAGGACAGGCAGCGCCUGAUCGAUGCGGCACUCGAGCGCCAUGGAGGCAUCGACAUCUUGGUGUCCAACGCGGCCGUGAAUCCAUUUUUCGGCAGCACUCUCGAUGCCACGGAAGACGUGUGGGACAAGAUCCUGGACAUCAAUGUGAAGGCGACUGCUCUACUGGUCAAGCUGGUUGUGCCUCACAUGGAAAAGAGGGGGGGUGGCUCCAUCGUUAUCGUCUCUUCAAUUGCUGCGUAUUCACCAUUUCCGGGCUUGGGCCCCUACAAUGUCAGCAAGACAGCUCUUCUGGGCCUCACCCGCACUCUGGCCCCCGAGUUGGCCCCGAGCAACAUCCGCAUCAACUCGCUGGCUCCUGGACUGAUCCGGACAAAAUUCAGCUCAGCCCUUUGGCAGGACAAAUCCAACGAAAACAAGAUGCUGGAGACCAUGCGGAUUCAGAGGAUUGGAGUCCCGUCUGACUGUUCAGGGAUGGUUUCCUUCCUUUGCUCUGCGGAUGCCAACUACAUCACAGGGGAGACCAUGGUGGUGGGUGGAGGUGCCCCAUCCCGUCUCUGACGGGUCUCCAGCCUGCCUUCCUACUUACCGAAAUAUAUCAGCGGACCAAUUGAUGGAUGGCUCACUUCACCUCUCUCGGGGAAAAACCAUGGGGAUCUGGGUGAGGGAGGGUGACAUAGUGUCAAAAACUUGUGGGUAGUUUGAUAGGAGAGGCAUUUGGUUAGGCGGGGGCUGGCUCCCUCUGAAUGGCAAAGAGGUGAGACGAAGGCAUGGAAGAGAGCUUCCUUCCAAGAUGACAUAAAUGGCAGAUUGGGGGAGGACAGCAAUGGAUCUCAGAGUCCCAUAUUGAAUUGGGGAAGAUAUAGGGAAUCCUGGCUUCACGGAGAGCAGCGGAGAUCACCUGCAUCCAUAAAUGGCUAGCUGGGCGAUUGUGUGGGGGUGGUCAUCUUCAGGGCAGCCUCUUUUGUGGUGUUUGGGGGUUCUUCAGGAAGAGCAUUCAAAAGGCAGGACUUGAGCUGGGGUGAACACUUUGUAAAUCUUUUGCAUACAAGAGUUGGAAGGGUGCUGGAAAGUUAGGGCAGUUCCUGGCUUGGCAGUGGGAGGGGGUGGGGGGUGUCAUUUCUCAGUGCCUUGUAUGUUUUUACAUGUUAGAAAUCAAAUAAAAGACUUGUCUUUGACUCCUUG